AGAAUUCGGUCAUUGCAAUUCAUCCGAAUCUAGCGGGAGUAAAUUGGACCUGUGAUACCAAGAUUUGGGAAUUAGGGUUCGAAAGAUCCUUUUUUGACCCUUCAACGCUCAACAAACAAAUACUACAAGUGUAAAAAGUAACCAACUUUCAAAGAUCUUUGAAGGGUUUGGUUGCGUAGAUCGUUACACUAUGCAGAAGCUAUUUUCCCUCAAACAUAUCUCCAAAAACCCCAGAAAAUUUGCUUCACAAACCUUACGAUCAAACCCACUUCCCCUCCACCGGGCCACCGAUGUGCCCCAACAUCACCACCAUGGUUUCUCUCGCUACACAACUUCUUCACAGACAUUGCACCAGGCACCCACCAACUGUUUGAUGAAAGUACUUUCGAACCCAGUUCUUUUAAAGCGGUUUUUGCCUAAUGCGCUUUUGAAGUUGAAGUUUCCAAGCAAAUUUCUUGUGGAUCAUGGCGAAUUUGGGCUUCUAAGAGCUCAAUUUAGAAGACAAAGUUUUCAAUUCAAUCAACCAUUUAGUUAUCAAAAAACAUGGCAGUCGCAGUUCAGAAGGAGACUCACAAGUGACGGUGUGGUGAUAGGUUUGAUCGUCACAAAUGUGGCUGUGUUUCUACUAUGGAGAGUUGCUGAUCGUAAGUUCAUGAUGCAGAACUUCAUGGUACAAUUGGACAACUUUCAAAGUGGGCGGAUCCAUACUAUGAUAACUGCUGCUUUCAGUCAUAAAGACGUUGGACAUAUUGUCUCAAAUAUGAUUGGCCUUUAUUUCUUUGGGAAGAGUAUUGGACAAAAUUUUGGCCCUGAAUUUCUGCUGAAGCUGUAUCUAGCUGGGGCUUUUGUUGGUUCGGCUUUCUACUUGCUACACCAUGCCUUUCUGGCCUCAUCAUCAAAGGACCGACGAAUGUUUGAACCUGACCGUUCAAGAGUUCCCGGGCUGGGAGCAAGUGGUGCGGUGAACGCUAUCAUGCUGCUUGAUAUAUUGCUUUUCCCAACAAAAACUAUAUAUCUCGAGUUCAUCAUACCUGUCCCUGCCAUCUUACUGGGUAUAUUUCUAAUUGGGCAUGAUAUGAUGAGAAUAUUAGAGGGAGAUAGUCAAAUUUCUGGAUCUGCUCACUUAGGUGGUGCUGCGGUUGCCGCGAUAGCGUGGGCACGGCUUAGGAAGGGGCGUUUCUGAAUUCUUUUCAUCGACGAACUUUAACGCCUGUUUGGGUCCAUAAAAGACUAGUGUAAAAACCUUUGGCUGUUUAAAUCAUGCUACUUUCUA